GUAGGUGUUGUUCUAUUGUCAAGUUACAACACCACUUGCACCCAAAGAAGGCAUUAUGGCUGUGUGUCCUGCACUUUUUUGCUCCUGUGUAGUGACGGUGCUCACACUCGCCCAUGGCCGUGUUCUUCCUACAGACAGCAUAAAAAACUCUGUCAAACUACAAGUCGAGAACAUCAUAUCUAGAAUCCAGAAACACAAGGAUGAGCUCCAAAUAAAUCAUAAGAUGAUCCUGGAUAGUCCCGAGCUCCUGCCCGAGCUGCAGCCCGAUAAACCCAUCGAAGGUCUGAGCUCCAUGGUAGAGAUGCUGAGCAACUUCCAGCGAGUUCUUCACAGCCUGCCCAAGGGUCACAUGAGCCAACUGCACAAUGACGUAAGCACACUGCUGCACAACCUAGAAGACAGAAUGAGCUCACUGCAGUGCAUACACAGGAAAACGGGCGCGGAGAAGAACCUGGAGGUCUUUGUGAAAAACCACAGCAUGUUCCACAUCACUCUGGGACAUAUGGCUCUGGAUAGACUGCAGAAAUACUUACAGAGAAUCAACCACCAUCUCGAUCAGCUGAGAACAUGCUGAACAUGCCAAAUGAUCCCUGGGUUUUUUUGUUAUUGUAAUUUUUGUUAUAUUUAUUUAUAUUAAUGUAUUUAUGGACCAAGUAACUAUUUACUAUUUUUUAAAAUAUGUUUUAAGGUGUUUAUUAAUUAAUGCAUUUGGGAACCAGACAAGACAUUCCCAUCAGGCCUCAUGUUCAGGCAUACAUGCACACGCACACAUACAUGCUGACAUCACCACCAGCCAAGUACUCUCAGUGAUGUCACUGUCUUACCGGAAGACUCCUGACUGACUGAUCGUGCUGGGAAGCACAAAUCCUCUUACCCUCUUCUAGCCACCAGCAGAUGGACGAUCACUAUCGACCUGAACGCACCACGAUCUUUUGUAGACAGAUCAGUAGCUUCAUUUGAGGUUAUUUGCAUCUGUAAAUUAUGUUAUGGAUGGGAGUUUAGAAGGCAUUUAUUUCUAACUUUUUAUAUAUACUAUAUUCAUAAAUUCACUGAAAUAAUAAUAAAAAGCACAGUUCUCCAAGCCAUGAUUCUUUCCAAGAUAUUUUCAGCCUCAAAUAGGGAACACGACGACAAGCCCAGUUUAUUAGCAAUCAUUUAUAUUGUACGGCCAUCUGGUUGCUUGAUGUUGCAGCAAAAUUGUCUUGCCAGCUAAAAGCCCUGUGUAUUAGUGCUUAAUGAAACAUACAUUUAAGGAUUUCAAGGCAGGAGAGGAUUGUAUAAACACAAAACUCUACCCCCCC